AUGGCUUGCACGCCAAGGAUUCGAAAUUUGAAACAUACGCCCACGUCCAUUCGAUUCGACAAUAAUCACAUCACUUCGAGGCAGUUCGAGGUAUCGAGCCACACGACCAUGGUUUCCGAGCACGCUCCUAGCGCCUUCGAAAGACAAUCCUACUAUAAUGGUAUCACUGGGAACAACCGCGAUCAUCCCGACUUAGUCUACCGAACGGAUGCUCUCACAAAACCAUACCUCAACCCCGUCGGCCGAUUCCCCUAUCUCCCCAUAAAAUCACUACGCGGAGUCUUCGGUACGCUGCUGAACAAGGUCUGGGACGUCGUCGGUCCUGAGAUCUGCAGCAUAUUAAACAAGCGGGGUAUCUUGUGGUCCUCCAUUGACACCGCACGCUUUUUCACUCGCGGUCCGCCAGGGGAGGAGGAGAAGGGCACUAUCGGACCGGUCGUGGUUUGGAUUGGGGUCAAGCCUGGUCUGACCUCGGCCGACACCGCCCAUGACACCUCUCAGGAGAUCCUUGCUCUUCUGCGGAAUAAUGGUGUCAAGUAUGUUGAGGUUGAAUGGAGAGAGGCUGUCUUGCAGAAGCUUGCAGGUCCCCCGCUCAUGUGUCAUGCCGAGACCAGGGAUCCCACCCACUAUGUUCGGCGAUUCCUCACUGCUCUUCAUGCUGUUCCAAUCACCACCGAGGGUAUGGAAAUGGAGGGCUCGCAGGGCACUCUGACCUUGUGGAUGCACGAGAACAAGGACAGAGAGGGUAAUCUCAGCGAGAAGGUUUACGGGAUCAGCACCUGUCAUGUUCUUCGGAAGGACACCACCGUCGACUACAUUUUCAAGGGCGGAGCAGCCAAGGAUCAUGUUCGCGUCUGCGGGGAGCGUCGCUUCCAGCGUGGACUCGAUGAGAUCGCAGAUGCCAUUGAGGCUCACGAAACUGAUGCUGACGUUUUUGCUAGACAAGUCGUCAGACUUCAAACGAAUGGAGAUCAGAGCCCGGCGAACGCGGAAAACGUAGCGUAUAACCAAAACCUGGUGGACAAGGAAAAGGAAUCCAUCGCCGAACUCAAGAAGCUUCAGGUUGAGGUAACGAAGUACUGGUCGGACAUCAAGGUAGACCGCAAUAUCGGACACGUCAAAUACGCCCCUUCCAUCAAGGUCGACCAAAAAGACACCAAGUACACCUCCGACUGGGGAGCAUUCUUGGCUGCAAAGGCCAAGGUCGCGGGUGGCUUUGUCGGCAAUGUCGUUGAUCUUGGAGCGAAGUUCACCCCAGUACAACUAAAGCGUAUGUUCUACUCUCGGAGUGGUGGUCCGACCACGUUCAAGUAUCCUGAGGAUAGGAAACUCCGCAUUUUUGGUUGUGCUACGAGGGAGGAGCUUGCCGCCCCCGCGGAGUUCGAUAAUGAUGGAGAGCCCUGUCUCAUGGUCGGUAAAGACGGAAACACCACCGGCCUCACUGUCGGGCGCUACUCCGGCCUUGAAUCCCUCACCAACGCACUCGGUGUUGUAUCCAGGGAGCUUGCUGUCUACAAUGCUGGCAUUGAGGGUGUUGAAGCCUUUGCCGCCAAGGGAGACUCUGGCUCUCUCGUUUGGCACAUAAAGGAUGGGAAAGCUCGUAUUGUAGGUCAGGUCCACUCGGGCAACAACAGAGGCAGUUGGACCACCAAUCAUAUCACAUAUUGUACCCCUGGCUGGUACCUCCUUGCCGAAAUCAAGAAAAGAUUCAACUAUGCUGACUUCUAUCGCACAACCUGGGACACUUGA